AUGGAAUGUGAUGGAGAAAAUUCAGAUAUGGUGCAGUUGUUUUGGGAAUGUUUCAGUGAAAUCUUGAAAAAGGAAAGUGGCAACAACGACUACCAAUUCAAUCCUCGUGGUUGGAUAACAGACAUGGCUUGCAGUAACGUUGAAGGCUUGAAGAGAGUUUUCGGACCGGAUGUUGUUGGGCGAAUUAAGUUGUGUGAAUUUCACUUCAAAGAAUGUCGUAAUCAUCAGUCAUGA